CUUGUCGAUGUAGUCCACUUCCUGCUUCUCUGCCCUGGUUUCGCCUGAUCAGCUGCAUCAGCCCUUUAUCCGACGACAGACACAAUGUCACAUCAAACGGGCAUUCAAGCGGGUAAUGAUGUGAAGGAUGUCUUCGCCAAUGCCAGGAGCGGAGACCAAUAUCGAGUCUUAAAGAUCGUCAUUGAAGAUGAACAGCUCACUCUGGGCGCCACCAGGAAAGCAUCGAAGAAGUGGGACCAGGAGUAUGAUUCCUUAGUGCUGCCACUCCUGGAGGAUGACGUGCCCUGCUACGUUCUGUACCGACUGGACUCCACUAACAACCAGGGCUACGAGUGGAUCUUCCUGGCCUGGUCACCAGACCACUCUACUGUGCGACAUAAAAUGUUAUACGCUGCUACCAGAGCCACACUGAAGAAAGAGUUUGGAGGCGGGCACAUCAAGGAUGAGAUUUUCGCUACCGCAAAGGAUGAUUUGAAUCUUAGUGGAUACAAGAAAUAUCUGACCUCGCAGGCGGCUCCCCUGCCCCUCACUGCAGCAGAGGAGGAACUGAGACAGAUUAAACUAAACGAGGUGCAGACGGACAUCAGUGUGGACACUAAGCAGCAGACUCUGCAGGGAGUGGCUUUCCCUAUUCACAAAGACGCUGUUGCAGCACUUGAACGCUUUAGAGACAAGAAAAUUAACUAUGUACAACUGCAAGUAGACGCUGCACAGGAGCUGAUUCGAUUGUCCAACACUGAGCCAACAGAGCUGAAAGACCUGCCAAUGAGAAUCCCUAAAGAUUCUGCACGUUACCACUUCUUCCUCUACAAACAUUCCCAUGAAGGCGACUACUUAGAGUCCACUGUCUUCAUUUAUUCUAUGCCUGGGUACAAGUGUAGCAUCCGAGAGAGGAUGCUGUAUUCCAGCUGCAAAAAUCCAUUGGUUGACAUGGUGGAAAACAAUCUCCACAUUGAGAUUGAGAAAAAGUUGGAGAUUGAAAACGGGGACGAACUGACCAGUGAUUUUAUGUAUGAGGAGGUGCAUCCCAAGCAGCAUGCACACAAGCAGGCCUUCGCCAAGCCCAAAGGCCCUGCAGGGAAGAGGGGUGGCCGCCGCAUCACCCGGCCACCCGCAGAGGGAGAGGAGGAAGAUUAAACUGACCUCAGCUUCCGACCACCACCUCCACCCUGAGCACGUUCCACAGUGGAACAUUCCUGUGAUGGGGGGAGGGAUCAUAUUUGACACGCUUGUUUAAAAGAAUAAGACAACAACCUCAAAUUCCCACACAUGUCACCCAGAGACCCAACUAUGCACGCCAAGGACAACUGAGCAAUGACACACUUCAGAAUUUCCAUUUGUAGCUCGCCAAAUGGAAGCAUAUUUAUGUAUGUUAGUACAUUCACAAAAAUGAAUUUACAGUGAUUCAAAGACGCCCAAACAAGUCAAACUUGAGGUUUUUACAUCGUUGCCAACUCUGAGAAAUGUUAGUGCGACUGUGAACUUGCGCCAAUAUGAUGAAAUUCCCCCAUUUUGAGUUCACAUGCUAGAAUUCUUAACUUGCAUUCCUUAAGUCCGUGUCCAUUAAUGUUUCCAUGUUUCAUGUGUUCUACAUUUGUCUCCUACUGUUUGCACAAUGAGGUGCUCCAAAGCAGAAAAGAUAUAAUGAUCCCACUUGUGUCUCUUGAUUCAUUUUAACAGUGCAUUUUAUAUUGGAAAAUUUCCUUCUUUUUUGAUAUAACUGUGGUUUACAUGAAAAAAAAAAAUCAUCUGCUGAGAAACUUAUUUUUCUAUGCAAGUGCUGUAAAUGUACAUAUUGUAGCUGUGUGAUGCUCUAUGAUUAAGAAACAGUCUGGUCUGUUCUGGUGAUUGUCAGUGUCGGUGAGGAUCACAGUGGAAAGAACAGGGGCUUCCAGAAAUAUUACAUCAAUACAUCUCAGAUUUCACAAAGAGGAAGCUACUCAAACAUUGCUGAUUCCCGUACAAAAGGGAAAGCCAAGCAACCGGAUAGGAAAGGGAGUUCUAUAAGUACCUUGAUCAAAAUGUUGCCACAUCCACUGGUCUGCUGAUUAAUAUUAGGCAAACUACUAAGCUCACCUCAUGUUCGAAGGGAUAAUCCCUUUAUAUUCAUACAGUGUCAUUAUAAUAGAAAAGAAAAUCAUGUUUGGUCUUAUGUUUUCUUACAAAUCUUUCUUUUAAAAGAAGAAAAAUAAAAUAUUUAAAUCACA